CCUCCACAUCAGCUCAACAUUGAUAAGAACUCUUGAUAACUAGAUCACACAAUAGCCCGUCAUUCCCAUCGAGGGCAAGCGACCAACCUUGACCGAACCUCAUCAACGCCGAAACAAACCCCAAACACCUUUCCUGCCUGGGACCCUGUCGAUCCGGGCUCGCAUCUCUUUGGGUCUCAAGAUGUAACAACGGCCCAGGAGCCGCAUAAAACAAUAAUGCAACCCUCACGCUCUCAACCCCGCGGCCCCGGCAGCUUCGCUCCUCUAUCGAGCUCAUCCGCCCAACCCUCGCAGCUUUCGACAUCCUCACGACCUGCUCUGCGCCGAGUAGAGACCUCAGACGACGAGGAUGAGACACCUCGGCCGUCUAUCACAAUACCCAAGUCGCGACCGCCUCCUCAACCACAACCAUCAUCUCCUGCGACCCCGAUAUAUGCCCAAUUCACUACCCAUGGAAACUCUAGUACUGCGAGCUUAGGACAUCACAACUUUUCAAGGCCGGCCAACGCACGGUCUGUUACCCAGGGAUCACCAGCGACGCUUGUCAAGGGCCAUGCGCGCAAGCAUUCGGCGACCCAAGGCUCAUUCGAGCCCACGCUACCGUCUAUGAGUACAUCGAAUCUUUCCUCACACCUCGGAAUGUCACAUCAUAAUCUAUCGACCGCUUCUGCGUCCGCGGCAGCGGCUGCUGCUGCUGCCGCCACAGCCUCCAAUGUCAACUUGUCGGCAAGCCAGAUUGCUGCGCAGGCGGCUGUCAUGUCGCACCAGAAUCAUUCGCGCCAGAGAUCGCAGACUGUGCCUUUUCCUGGCGAUCAAAACGAUGGAGUGCGUCGUGGCAGCGGAAGUAAGGGGCCUACGAGUCCCCCUAUGUUGAGCUUGACGGAAGCGAGUGCGCCGCGGGACAGUGGGUUUGGGAAUCAUGGAGGACAUGGUGAUCGACUUGGCGGGCCUCAUUCUUCCGCUGCUACAGCUGCCGCCAAUGUUGUAUUUCCUCGAUCUGGACACAAUUCCCCGAGAGCGUCGCCUCAGCCAUACUCGCAACCUCCUCCUCCACCCCCAGCGUCUGAGAAGCCGUACAAGGCAGAGAAGCCAAAGGUCAAGCUAUUCUCCCGCCCAGGCAAGAUUAGCACAAAAGGUGAGGCCAAGGAAAAGCCAUUGCCAAGUCCAGGAAAGAUUGGCUCGGCUCUAUCAGCACUUCAGCGCGGCAACUUCAGCACAAACAGUCUCGUUGACUCGAGCAAUCAGUCUAUAUACAACCUAACCAAUUCGUCUUCAGCCACGAUUCGGCCUAUCGAAACACCCACCGAGGACAGAGAAAGGGAUAAGGAAAAAGGCAAAGAGAAGGAAAAGAAGCACCACUUUCUUUCACGGCAAAAACACAAGCUCAAGGAUGAGUAUCAUCUCCCACUAUCAUCAGCUGCCAGCAAUUCGUUACCAACAGAUCCCAAUGCGCCAAAUCCUUUGUAUAACUUUAAUAUUCCUCCGAGCCCUGGCCCCAACUCCUCUACCUUUGCCAAGGCCAAGAAAGAUAAGAAGCUCGGUGAGCGAUCCGAUAGUCGCCUGGAGAGCGAGUCAAGUUUCAAUUUACAGAGCGAAUGGCCAGGACCCAGUAGUCUACCGUCUCUGUCCCAGCAGUCGACAAUGUAUGAUCCUGUUGACCCCGGAAAGCUCGGUCUUCACAACCACAUGUCGCUGGACGAUGCGUGGCCGUACCUGAAGGCAAAGCUAUUGGCCAUAUUUGAAGGGGAAGACCUGCGUCUCCCCGUUGAAGACUUUAACCGAGUUGUACAGAUGCAUAUACAGUGGUGCAUGCAUAGACGCUCACCAAAUACCAUGUUGGAGGAUCUUCGAGAACUUUUACACACGGGGUUCUUGUCACUUGACCGAACAUUACGGCAGACCCCAGAAGACCGAUUUAUACCAACGCUAGUUGAGCUCUGGAUGUUUACCUUUACUUCCAUACUGCCAUAUAUGCAAGCCGUCUUCCUCCCACUCGAUAUGGAGGUGUCAGGGUGUGGUACGCUUAUGACUGGAGAGCAGGCACGGGACUUCUGGGGCGGAGCUAUAGCGUCUGCAUCUACUUCAGAGAGACCAGCCCGUGUAGCACCGGCACCAGCAGUUCUCGAUGUUAGGAGGCUGGUCCUUAUCGCCUACAGAGAUACUGUCAUUCUACCGCGGUACGAGACACUCAAGACAAUAUUCUCGCGACUAUCUCUUGAGUUCCUGCCCUCGUCGCUUGCAAGUAUGGCCAUGUCUUCUCCCCCGGAAGCAUCACUGUCUACCUCCCCUUCUGAAUCUUUCGGCCGGCCCGGCACAGCUAUGUCUCUCGACCCGUCUAAUGCUUCUUACAAUUCUACGAGUACAACCCUUCUCGGUGAAGGAUCGGCAGGCGGCCGUAGCCGUGCCAUUAGUAACGUCAGCUUCGGCAGUCACGGGAGUGAUGGUGGUCUACGACCUUUCACGCCGUCUGGUGGCGGAAUCCCACCACCGCCUUCUCUAGGCAGCCUACGGGAACGUGAGCAGAAUGUCGAGGACUCCAAGCACAUCACUGAGAUGGUUGGUCGUAUGCUCCAGUGUAUGAGUGUUUUGUCGGGUGUGUCGGCGGGUGAUGCAGGUGCAGAAGGCAACGAGAAGGUGGUAGAGCUGUGUAAGAUGCUGAAGCUAAACUGGCUUGGAAGAGGAAGGACGGGAAGAAACAGGAGAGGCAUGGUAGGCGGCAGGGUGAGAAGGGACGAUAUGAGAGACGAAGUUCGUGUCUAGCAGCUUACGCAUAAGCUAACGCCUGGCAUGGUGAUGAGCAAUGUACUACAAUCUAUGAACCAACAUCUAAAGAGCUGCAGACACAUCCUUAAAAAUAUGAAAUUUCAGAGGCGAUGCCAAAUGAGGGUCCACAACCAGCUAUCUAUCACCGCAUAGCAGAAGGGGUUUGGUCUCGCCGAUGUGGAAUGUAGCUAGGCGAACUUACCACGCUCAUGAUUUAGGUUGUCAUGAUACACCACCAUGAUGACACUACAAGCAGAUGAUGCACAAAAUCACGAGAACGGCGCGAGCAACAUCACAAAAUUGAAGGCGAGAGAAGAAUUAUGAUCAACAGAUUCAAUUAUGCUAUCAUAUUUAGAACGCGGAGUGGUCUCCAUGGCAACAUCUAAAACUUUUUCAGUUAGCUUCAUGACCCAUUAAAAAGUAACGACAGCAAGUGAAGAUAUGGUGUUUGAUCAGACAUCCAAGGAAGAAUAAACCCUCAUCUGUCCCAGAAAAGGCUCGAUCGGGACUCGAGUGGAAACUGCGAAUUAAGAGGAAAAUUUCAUCAUGCAAAACGGGAGUGGUUGGUGUGUGAAAUAAAAAUGAGUAGAAACUUACGUUAGUUCUCAGAAAAUUUCGUGAAGCUGCUGGGUUAGUCGUCUGGUAAUAGCACAUUGUUCAUAUCUGUAACAGCGAUGUUAGCAAGGCUGGCAAAAUAUGCGCGUGCUAGAAAAGCUGAGUGUAGUUGUGUAGUCAGACGUUGAUACUGGCAAGUAACAGGCCUAGGGCCCGAAUACAGAACUUCUUCAUGGUCGAUUCAGUUGGGAAAAGAAGAAUGUAACUAGUGUCAUCAUGCAGAGGGGAGGAAGUGCUGGGAGGGCAGAAGUGAGGGAGUGGUGAUUUUUACCAUUCAAAUGCAGGUUGAUCGCGAGGCUGCAAUGAAAAUUUUGCUAGCCAAGCAAACCGCCAAAAGCAAACAUCCAUCACAACCCACACAUCGGCAAGUCGCUCAAGCGGAUCCGUUCAAAAUCAAAACAGCUGCUCCAGGAAGACAGUCGUCGUGCAAUCUCGCGCGUUGUGCUCGUGUGAAGAGGUAGGCAGAGGCGGUUUGUUGUUGUUGAGAAGGUUUGAAGCUUGGAGGAAGAAAAUUAAGAGCCGCAUCGAGAGAAGAUAUUGAAAGACAGUGCAAGAAAAUUUGUCAUUUGCGCGGCACUGUGCUAUCUGCACGUGACCGGCUUCUUACCCUCUUUUGACACUAGCGGCGGAAGCCAGUUCAAGGCCCGCUUCAACAUCGCGAUAGAUGCAUGAAGCAAUUUGUCUUGUCCUCCACCA